AAGUACCUUCACUUCAUAUCAACUUGUUCACUCCGACAAGAGACUUUUUAAAUGUUUUGACUGUUAAAAGUGCUUUAAAAGCAGAACGAUUCUGUUGAUAUACCAGCAAGUUUACAACGGGGGGGAAGCCAUUCAUCUGCUCCGAGUGUGAGAAGGGAUUCACUCAAUUAAUCCAGGUCACUUCACAUUAACGUGUUCAUUCUGAAAAGAGACCUUUUAGAUGUCCUGAUUGUGUGAAAAGCUAUAAAAGCAAAUUGGAUCUGCUGACACAUCAGUGAGUUCACACUGGGGAGAGACUGUUCACCUGCUCCGUGUGUGGGAAGGGAUUCAUUCACCCAUCCCUCCGGCUGAAACACCAGCGAGCUCACACUGGGGAGAGGCCGUUCACCUGCUCCAUGUAUGGGAAGGGAUUCAGUCAUUCAUCCACCCUACAGGCACACCAGCAACUUCACAAGUGACUUCCAGGGUUGGAUUCUGCUGUUACUGCUGCUGUAAAUCACUACCAGGAUUGAACCACGCUCAUUCUCACAGUUGGGGUUUGUUUUAGCUGAUGUUACUAACCCCUGUAAUUGGGCUGGAGUUCAAUAAAGGUUAAAUAAAUCAGUUUUGUGUCAAAUACACAGUGCUCAAGUCUAUGAUUUCUCUACGAUAAGAGGAGACUGACUGAUGUUCUGUUACUGACUUUUCUGGUCUUGGUCCUUUUCUGCUUUGCUGAUGGAAGACUUCUAUUUAUAUAGCACCUUACACAGCUUCAGGGUGUUCCAAAGUGCUUUACAGCCAGUGAGGUCUUUUUGAAGUGUGGUCAAAGAGAUUCCUCUCUCAUGGUUAUGAUCUCGAGAGAAGCAAAAAUGAGUCAAGCGAGACCUUGAAGACUGCAACACAAACAACAAACUGGUCCUGUGUGGGUCAAGACUCCGGGUACAGAUUGACAGAGAAACACAAACAACAAACUGGUCCUGUGUGGGUCAAUACUCUGGAUACAGGGUGACAGAGAAACACAAACAAUAAACUGGUCCUGUGUGGGUCAAGACUCCUGAUACAGGGUGACAGAGAAACACAAAAAACAAAUUGAUCCUGUGUGGGUCAAGACUCCUGAUACAGGGUGACAGAGAAACACAAACAACAAACUGGUCCUGUGUGGGUCAAGACUCCUGAUACAGGGUGACAGAGAAACAUAAACAACAAACUGGUCCAUGUGGGUCAAUACUCUGGAUACAGAGUGACAGAGAAACACAAACAACAAACUGGUCCUGUGUGGGUCAAUACUCUGGAUACAGGGUGACAGAGAAACACAAACAACAAACUGGUCCUGCUUGGGUCAAGACUCCGGGUACAGGCUGACAGAAACAGAAACAACAAACUGGUCCUGUAUGGGUCAAGACUCCGGAUACAGAGUGACAGAGAAACACAAACAACAAACUGGUCCUGUGUGGGUCAAGACUCCGGAUACAGAGUGACAGAGAAACAUACACAAUAAAUUGGUCCUGUGUGGGUCAAGAUUUUGGGUACAGGGUGACAGAGAAACACAAACAAUAAACUGGACCUGUGUGGGUCAAUACUCUGGAUACAGGGUGACAAAGAAACACAAACAACAAACUGGUCCUGUGUGGGUCAAAACUCCGGAUACAGGGUGACAGAGAAACACAAACAACAAACUGGUCCUGUGUGGGCCAAGACUCCGGAUACAGAGUGACAGAGAAACACAAACAACAAACUGGUCCUGUGUGGGUCAAGACUCCAGGUACAGGGUGACAGAGAACAAUGAUAUUGGAGGGAGAAGAUUUGCAGACAGGAGGCUCCAAACAAAAAUCUUGGCCCGAUUUUACAAACAGAGGGUCGCAUUUCCCGGUGAGGUGGAGGGCUGAAGAAUUGGGGCUGUGAGCUCCGAGGCAGCAAUGGGGGAUUUGGAGCAGAGACUCAGCCUGGACAGUCCUGCCAUUGGGUUCAAGGCUCCAGGACACGAUAUUAGAAGGGGAAGAUUUGCAGACGGGAAUCUCAAUCCAAAUAUCACAUAAAGAUCUGACAGAGUCACUCGAUUCAUCAGGACCUGAAUAUCAUCGGUCUUGGAAUGUGGAAGGAGAAAUGUUUGUCUGUUCUGUUUGUGGGAGAAGAUUUCAAACAUAAGUGUGACUGGAAAAGCACCAAGACACACACACCUAAGUCAGAGUGUUCCAGUGAACUAACUGUGGAAAGAGCUUUAACCAGCUACACAGCCUGAAAAAAUAUCUCACCAUUCACAGCGGGGAGAAACUGUACAUGUGUUCUCUGUCUGGAUGAGGCUUCAACUGAUUGUCAAGCCUGGAGAGACGCAGGAACACUUGCACCAUGGAGAAACCAUGGAAAUGUGAGGACUGUGGGAAAGGAUUCAAUCGUCCAUCCCAACUGGAAAACCAUCGACGCAGUCACACUGGGGAAAGGCCGUUCACUUGCCUCGAGUGUGGGAAGGGAUUCACUCAGUUAUCCAGCCUGCGAAGACACCAACAGUUACAUACUAAAGAGAGACCAUUCACCUGCUCCGAAUGUGGGAAGGGAUUCACUCAGUCAUCCCACCUGCUGACACACCAGCAAGUUCACACUGGAGAGAGACCAUUCACCUGCUCCAAGUGUGGGAAGGGAUUCACUCAGUCAUCAAACCUGAUGACACACCAGCGAGUUCACACUGGAGAGAGACCAUUCACUUGCUCCAGGUGUGGGAAGAGAUUCACUCAGUCAUCCAACCUGCUGAAACACCAGCGGGUUCACACUGGAGAGAGGCCGUUCACCUGCCCUGUAUGUGGGAAAGGAUUCACUGGGUCCUUUGUCCUGCUGAGACACCAGCGAAUUCACACUGAGGAGAGGCCAUUCAGCUGUACUUCCUGUGGAAAAGGAUUCAGGUCUUCAAUCCACCUCAGUGUACACCAGCGAGUUCACACUGAGGAGAGGCCAUUCACCUGCACGGUAUGUGGGAAAGGAUUCACUGGGUCCUCUGUCCUACUGAGACACCAGCGAGUUCACACUGGGGAGAAACCGUUCACCUGCUCCGAGUGUGGGAAGAAAUUCAAUCAGUUAUCCAACCUGCUGACGCACCAGCGAGUUCACACUGGAGAGAGGCCAUUCCACUGUACUUCCUGUGGAAAGAGAUUCAGGUCUUCACUCCACCUCAAUGUACAUCAGCGAGUUCACACUGGAGAGAGACCAUUCACCUGCUCUGAGUGUGGGAAGGGUUUCAUACAGUCAUCCCACCUGCAGAGACACCAGCGGAUUCACAAGUGAUUUUAGGGGAUGAAUUCUGCUGAAAUCACAUCCAGGAUUGAACCGUGUUCAUUCUGACAGUUGUGGUUUGUUUCUACUGACGUUAAUAAUCCAUGUAACUGGGCUGGAUUUUAAUAUUCUGGAUCUAUCGCUAAUUUUGUUCUCGAGGCUGCAGUGUCUCUUUAUGAACCGCCGUCUCAGAUCUUUCCCCAUAAUUCAGGAAGUCUCAUCAGAAGUUAGUUUCCAACAAGAUUCUGAACUUUUACUUCAUUCCCAAUUGAUCUUUGUUACGAACUGCACAAUUCAGUGUCUUGAGAGGUUUUGAUCAAGUGGAUAUGGAGAGAAUGUUUCCUCUUGUGGGGAAGAGCAUAACUAGAGACCAUCAGUUUCAGGUAGUCACCAAGAAAUCCAAUAGGGAAUUCAGAAGAAACUUCUUCACCCAAAGAGUGGUGAGAAAGUGAAACUGGCUACCCCAGGGAGUGGUUAAAGUGAAUAGAAUAGCUUUGUUUAGUUGGAGAAGGCGCAAUGCGUGGAUGUGUUUUUUUUUGCAAAGGACAGGGCCCUAUGUGUGAAUAUAUGUAGCUUCUAGCACGUGUAAGUGAGCCACACUGUGAGCCCGAUUGAUCAUCUUAAAUUGGUUGUUAGUGUAAUUCUUAGCACAAUCAGGAUUGUUUAGUAAGUGUUGUCCAAUCAUGGAAUCACAUCUAAUAUUAUUUAAGGGGAAACUAGACAAGCACAAGAGGGAGACGAGAAUAGAUGGUUACGAUGAUAGAUUUAUGUGAAAUGACGGGAGGAGACUUUCAUGGAGCUAAGGACACUAGCAUGGACUGGUUGGGCUGAAUGGCCUGAUUCCAUGUAUCAGAGGUAAUUACACUCCUGAAGGAUCUGGUUCUAACAUUUAGACUAUACUAUAUUCCUAGACUGCCUAACCAGCAGAAAUAAUUAACAUUUACCCUCUGUUCCCCUUAAUGUGCUCAAUUCUGCUUUUACUGUCGCUGUUAAUCACAUCCAGAGCUAGACCAUGUUCAUUCUAACUGUUGGGGUUUAUUUCUAUUGAUGUUGAUAAUCCCUGUAAUUGGGCUGGAGUUUAAUGUCUUGAUGUCUGUUAAAUAAACCAGCUUUGUUUCAAAAACACAGUAUGUUGAGUCCUUGAUUUCUCCAGGAUAAGAGAUGAAUUUAUAUCCUGUUUCUGACUGCUCCAUUUUUGGAUCUUUUCUCCUUUCUAAUUCUAGAUCAUUUCAGUUCUCAUAACCUUUGGUUACUCUCAUGGACAAUUUCCAGCUCACACUACCUCCCUGAGAGCCUCUCUUCACCAUGGGAUCCAGGAAAGAAAUGAGUAUUGAAAAAUAAAAAUAAUAAUCCAUACUUUUCCAAGUGCCAAUUGAUUAUUGGAUUAUUGUCUCCAACUUUUGCCCACCACUGACGUGAAGAUGAUUGUCCUGUAAUUGCUGUGUUUUUGAACAGGGGAACAGGGGUGUAACAUUUACAAUCUGUCAGUCCUUUGACACCACUACAAUAUAAGGAGGAUUGGAAGAUUGUGACCAGAGCCUCCACAAGUUCCAUCUGAAGGGUGCUGUCUCUGACAGUGCAGCAGUCCUUCAGUGUCACCCUGGAGUGUCAGCCUAGAUAAUGUG